AUGCGCACUGUUUGCACCUAUGCGCCUCAUAGCCUUCCUUGGUCCAUGAUUCCCCCUCGGCACUCUCUUGUACGAGAGAUGGUUAAUUAUCUUCUCUCACAACACGGAAAUCAACAGGUAUAUAAUCUUGUCAAACGUCGUCCAGAGAUUGAAUCAAAAUUCUCACGGAAAUACAACUAUGAAGGUGCUAAAUGCGAAGAUCCGAAGAUGAUCCAAGAAUAUUUUGAUCGCGUACGAGAGGUUACAUUGGAAUAUGGAAUCCUGCCAGAGGAUAUCUAUAAUUUUGAUGAAACUGGCUUUGCUAUGGGACUUUGUGCGACUGCAAAGGUUGUCACUGGAAGUGAUCGGUAUGCUCGGCCAAAGCUAUUACAGCCUGUUAAUCGAGAAUGGGCAACUGCAAUUGAGCAGUUAAUUCGAUUGGAUGGGCCUUGCUUUCACUCCAACACCCCCACCAAGUCGAUCAAGUGA